AUGUUGCCCACCACUCUGCUCGAGGCCAUCCUCAUUGCCAGUCCCCUGGUGGCUGCCCACGGAUCCCACCACGAACACCGUGAUCAUGCGUCUAUUAGUCCACGGGCGCCGCCGCCAGGCAAGGACACGUCGAAGCUGAACCGUCCAAAGCUGGGCAGUGUACCAUACGGCCCAAAUAUCCAGAGCUGCACGAUUCCUGGCAAAGUCGCCCUGACCUUUGACGAUGGACCUGCGGGCUACACUGGAGCAGUGCUCGACCUCCUCGCCAAAAACAAUGUAAAGGCGACGUUCUUCCUCAACGCCAACAAUGUCGAGGGCCUGAUCACGAACAAGCAAGUGUACAGAGAUGUUGUCAAGAGGAUGUUCAAUGAGGGCCACCACAUUGGCAGCCACAGUUAUACGCAUGCGGAUUUCGACCUUAUCUCGACCCAGCAGAGGAGGGAGGAGAUCAUCUACAACGAGAUCGCAAUUGCGGAUAUUCUCGGGGUCUUCCCGACCUACUUCCGGCCCCCGUAUACUCACUGCAAUGGCGGCUGCCAAGCUGACAUCGUGGCCCUGGGUUACCACGUGUCCAACUAUAACCUCGAUACCAAGGAUUGGGAAGGCGAUUACAACAAAGCCCGCCAGAACUUUGUCGGGGCCCUAGCAUCUGGCAACCCAGGCUUCAACUCAUUCAUCUCCCUUGCCCAUGAUAUCCAUGAGGAGACUGCCAAGACCCUGGUGCAGUUCAUGAUCGACCAGGCGCGCAAAUACAAGUACGAGCUCACGACCAUGGGUGACUGCCUGGGUGAUGCCCACACGAACUGGUACCGCAAUGCCGAUACUGGGGCUGCCUGGAACGGCCGUCCUCUUCCCGCGGACGAGCCCGAGGAAACGACCACCUCGACCUCCCUCACACCCACCCCCACCCCCACAAGCACGUCCACCAGCACUUCUUCCACCUCGUCUGCUGCUCAGACCUCGUCGGCUCCUGCCUCGACCGUGACCAGCACCUCUUCCAGCGCGGCCACAUCAACCGGCAGCUCUGCCUCGGUCAAGCAGUCAACCACGUCUCAUGCCAACGGCAAGCCCACCGACUCCGUUUCUUCACAGACCUCGCCGUCCACGACUCCGACGGACGCCCCUCCGUCGAGCGGCUUCUCGCCUGUCCGGGACGGCGCCUCGGGUGUCGGCCUCGCGCUGGCGCUGUUUGUCGGCUUGUUGAUGUUCUAA